AUGUAUGAUUUACAGUGGAGUAAGAAGCCAAAUAAUGUAUUGAUUGUCAAAAAACCCAAUGAUAUUAAGACAGAAAAGGCACUUAUUGAACUUGCAAAUUGGUUACAUAAAUCCCAGCCAGAAAUGAAUAUCAUUGUUGAGCCUGAGGUAGCGGAACAGUUUCAGAAAGAGUUACCUUUCGUCCACGUCAUUGAAAAAAGUCAAAAGGAUGAUUAUACACGCACAGUAGAUUUCGCAAUCACCCUUGGUGGAGAUGGAACUAUGCUUCAUCUUUCGUCUCUAUUCCCCAAAGCUGCACCACCAGUCGUAAGUUUCUCUCUGGGUACACUAUGCUUUUUAAUGUCAUACAAAUUUGAAAGACAUCAACACGUCAUAAAUGAUAUGAUUGCAGGAAAAGUCGGAUUGAUGAUGAGAAUGAGGUUAUUUUGUUCGUUACAUCAGCAUAAUGGUAAAAGAAUAGAAGUUGAUGGCGUCGAGGUGGAUGAUAGACAAGUCAUGAACGAAGUGACAUUGCAUCGUGGUAGAUAUCCUCAUUUGACUACAAUAGAUUGUUUUGUCGAUGAACAGUAUUUGACAGAAUGUGUCGCAGACGGUUUAAUUGUUUCCACCCCGACUGGAUCCACAGCUUAUUCUUUAUCCGCAGGGGGUCCUAUUGUUCAUCCGAGUGUUCAAAGUAUGGUAUUGACCCCAAUUUGCCCUAGAUCGCUAUCAUUUAGAACCGUUCUAUUGCCACCCAGUUCAAAUAUUGAGUUAAAGGUACAGGAAAAUGAAAGACUAAAAGUGAUCGCUUUUGACUCAAUGUGCACUUGUAGAUUGGCGAGAAAAGCCGAAGUCAAAUCGAAGUAUCUAUCGAUGGCCAAGAGAUAUUUAUGUUGCAUAAGGGAGAAUACGUCAAGGUAG